AUGGAUGAAAUAGAUCGUAUUGUCAGUGUUGAUGAGAUUCAAAAGUUCUACGAUGCGCUGAACAAGAUUCAAGACGGUCGUGAAGCCAAGAGCGAAAGAACCUGUAAGGAAAUUGCGGAAAAGGAAAAUAAACGAGGGCAUUUAUUGAGGAACAUUCAUAGUGCUGAAGAAGACAGCCAACGCAUAUUAGAAAGCUUGAGCCUUGUUAACAUGGAGAUAAAUCGUAAUCUAAAAAGAACAAGCGAACUCCAAGAAAGUCAUCAAUAUGCUAAACACCAAUUUGAAUGUCAUUUACAAGAGUUGAAUAGAGUAGAAGAUGACCUGAAACGUCAAAUGAGACUACUAGAAGACCAGCGAAUGAUCUAUAAGGAAAUAUUCGGAGUCGAACUGCACUUUCCGGAAAAUAGUUCGGAGGAAAUUGAUAUAAUUGUGUAUCCAACAAAAAACUGUAAAGAGCAUUAUACUGUUGGUUGCAGAAAGGACAGAAGCAGGCAAGGACUGCGUCUUCAAGGUAAUACUCUAAUUUGA